GAGUAUUAUAUAUCGACACAUGCCUCUACAUCUCCAAGAACUCAAAACCCCGCUGCACAAUGUGGAAUCCCAGACCACCAAAUCACUUAAAACGUGACUAAAAUGUCUAAAACUCUCAUUAAAAUAUAAAUUUACACCGCUCGCUAAAUCCUAUAUAACAAAACAAUCACCAAAUUUAGAUUCCAUCGCUUCUAUAUCGCAAGAUCCCUCUCCUCUUCACUCUCACCCACUAACGUUUUCUUGAAGAAAAAAAAAAAUGAGGCUAUUGAAAGUUGCAGUAUGCAACUUGAAUCAGUGGUCUAUGGACUUUAAGUUUAAUUUAAACACCAUUAAAGAAUCUAUUACCAAAGCUAAACAAGCUGGCGCCGCUAUUCGCCUUGGUCCUGAGCUUGAAAUUACUGGCUAUGGCUGUGAAGAUCAUUUCUUGGAAAUUGAUACUGUUUAUCACUCAUGGGAAUGUUUGAAGGAGCUUUUACUUGGUGACUGGACUGAUGGGUUGUUGUGCAGCUUUGGGAUGCCUGUUCUUAAAGGAUCAGAGCGUUAUAAUUGUCAAAUUUUGUGUCUGAAUAGGAAGAUUUUAAUGAUAAGACCAAAAAUGUGGCUUGCUAAUGAUGGUAAUUAUAGGGAGCUAAGAUGGUUCACUGCUUGGAAGCAAAGUGAACAGCUUGUGGACUUUCUGCUUCCAAGUGAUGUUUCCAAGGCUAUUAAUCAAGUUUCUGUGCCUUUUGGUUAUGGAUUUCUGCAGUUUUUGGAUACUGCUGUUGCUGCUGAAGUCUGUGAAGAACUUUUCACUCCUGUCCCUCCUCAUGCUGAGCUUGCUCUUAAUGGGGUUGAAGUGUUCAUGAAUGCUAGUGGAAGUCAUCAUCAGCUGAGGAAGCUUGAUCUUCGUCUUCGUUCGUUUAUUGGCGCUACUAGUGGUCGAGGAGGGGUUUACAUGUACAGUAAUCACCAAGGAUGUGAUGGUGGCCGUCUUUAUUUUGAUGGAUGUUCUGGUGUUGUGGUAAAUGGAGAAGUGGUUGCUCAAGGGUCACAAUUUUCUUUGAGGGAUGUUGAGGUUGUCAUUGCGCAAGUAGAUCUGGAUGCGGUUGCUAGUCUAAGGGGAUCUAUAAGUAGUUUUCAGGAACAAGCAAGUUCCAAAUCCAGUGUAAAAUCAGUAGCGGUGCCUUACAAUCUUUGUCAGACAUUUGACCUGCAACGGCCCCUUUCAAGCCCUAUUAAGAUCAAUUAUCAUUUGCCCGAAGAGGAAAUAGCUUUUGGUCCUGGUAGCUGGCUGUGGGACUAUUUAAGAAGAAGUGGAGCUUCUGGAUUUUUGCUUCCACUUUCUGGUGGGGCAGAUAGCUCCUCUGUGGCUGCUAUUGUUGGCUGUAUGUGCCAACUGGUUGUCAAAGAGAUUGCAAAUGGGGAUGAACAAGUAAAAGCUGAUGCCAUACGUAUUGGGCGCUACACCAACGGGCAAUUUCCAACAGAUAGUAAAGAAUUUGCAAGGCGCAUAUUUUAUACUAUAUAUAUGGGGUCCGAAAACAGCUCCAAGUCCACUAGAACGCGGGCAAAGGUUCUGGCAAAUGAGAUUGGUUCAUGGCAUUUUGAUGUUCCAAUAGAUGGUGUUGUUUCAGCAUUUCUCUCCUUGUUUGAAAAAGUAACCGGAAAGCGACCACGUUAUAAGUUAGAUGGCGGUUCUCACGUUGAGAAUCUAGGGCUGCAGAACAUUCAAGCCCGAAGUAGAAUGGUGCUAGCAUUCAUGUUAGCCUCGCUCUUGCCCUGGGUUCAUAAUAAGCCAGGAUUUUAUCUUGUGUUGGGUAGCUCUAAUGUCGAUGAAGGAUUGCGUGGAUAUCUGACAAAGUAUGAUUGUAGUGCAGCCGAUAUAAAUCCAAUUGGGAGUAUUAGCAAGCAGGAUCUUCGGGCAUUCCUGCGAUGGGCUGCCAUACAUUUAGGUUACUCAUCCUUGGCAGACGUUGAAGCAGCACCCCCAACUGCUGAAUUAGAGCCUAUACGUGCGGAUUACACUCAGCUUGAUGAAGUGGACAUGGGAAUGACAUACGAGGAGCUCUCAGUUUAUGGCAGGUUGCGAAAAAUUUACCGGUGUGGGCCAGUAUCAAUGUUCCAGAAUCUUUGCUAUAGAUGGGGUUCAAAGUUAACUCCAUCAGAGGUUGCUGAGAAAGUGAAGCAUUUCUUUAAGUACUAUUCAAUUAAUCGUCACAAAAUGACGGUCUUAACACCUUCGUAUCAUGCUGAGAGUUAUUCGCCGGAGGACAAUAGAUUUGAUCUUCGACAGUUUCUAUACAAUGUAAGAUGGCCCUACCAAUUUCAAAAGAUAGAUGAACUUGUUGAGGAGUUGGACAAGGUGAAAUCUGCUUUGCCGGAAUCUAAUGGAACAUUGUCGAACGGAGAAGGGAUGGGGGUUGUGGCAGCAGGCUCAGGCGAUCCAAGAGCUGGCCUCUGAAUGUAGGAAAAAUAUGAAGCUUGGGCUCAUCUUAUUGUGUAUCAUUAAAUUGUUUGAUGCAGUUCUUUGUAAUAAUUGUAGACAAUUUAAUAAAAGUCUAUGCAUCUUUGACUCAGAAA